AAUAUGGAUCAGCAUAGCGCAGACAAUUGCAAGUGCCACAAGCAUACGCAGCCGGCACAGCAGACGCUCAGCGACAUGGAUUUCGAUCGGGGCAUUUGGAAUGCGGCCAUCUACAACGAAGUGGAUCGUGUGCGAGAGUUCAUCCGGAAGGGUAAGGCGAUGGCGCGCGACGAUUGCGACUACACUGCCCUACACUAUGCAGCACGCAAUGGAAACGAAGAGAUUUGCAAGCUGCUCUUGGAGGAGGGCAAAGCGGAUGUGAAUGCGGUGACAAAGGCGGGUGCCACGCCACUGCAUCGGGCGGCCAUGAUGGGUCAUAUGAACAUUGUAAAGCUGCUGGCAGAGCAGCCGAAGGCGAAUCUUUUGCUGCAGGAUGAGUGCGGGCAGAGCGCGUUGCAUCGCGCCGCAUUGCGCGGCCAGUUGGAGGUGUGUCGCUACCUGUUGCAGCAGCAGCCAGCGCUGAAGCUGCUCAAGGACAAAAAGGAUAAAAUCGCCUUUGAGUAUAUCAUGGAGAAUGCCAACGACGAUUUUAAGCUGCUGCUAAAGCCCUAAGCCCCAAGGCGACCGAAGCCACAAGCCUGAAGAACAAUGUAAUUGGUGGAGUAGUCAACUUUGUAGCUCUAUAUAUAAGUGCCCCAAAUUGUUAUGGUAAUUGUUAUCAUAUCUUUUAUAGGAAUAUAUCUAUCUUUCUAUACAUAUAUAUGUCUAUAUAUAUAAAUAUGACAGUUAGUUCCCUCUUAUAGUGUUUUUUGUAUGUAUGUGGUUUUUUUUUUCCUGUAAAGUGUAAGCACAAAAAAGUUUGACACGAAAGAAAAACUCAAUUCAUAAUUUAUAAUUUUCACAAAUCUAUAUAUAUAUAUACAAAUAUACUAUAUGUAUAUAUAUAUGCAACAAUUGUAACAUUUGAAAGUGUCUAAAAAGUUAAUGUAAAGAGCAAAAAGUGUUUGACCGCAAAUCUGAAUUGCGUGUGUUUCUAUAUAUAGAUGAAUAUAUAUAUUUAUGUGCCUACACACUAAAAGUAAAUACCCUAAACUUUUGCAUACACUACACUAACGGGCGAUAUACAAACAUUACAUACCUACGCUAAAACAUAUUCUAUAUAUUUAUAAAUAUAAAUAACUUAAAUAAAUACUGCAAAUUGCACAAGCUACUCGAUGUUAA